AUGGAUCAUUUAUCUUAAAGACAAUUACUAUAAUUAUUGUAUGAAAAGGAUUGUUAUAUUUAAGCACUUGAAUAGUAAUUACAAUUUAGUAGACAAGAAGUUUUAUUACUUAAAAACUAAAAAUAAUCAAUUAUUAUUCAAAAUCUCUCUUCUGAUGAAGAUUGUAAUUUAGAUGAAAAUUCAGAACCUGCUAUUAGUGAUAGUAGAAUAGAAUAAUUUUAGAGUUCAGGCAAAAAAAUUAAAUUAAAAGCUCCUCUAUAAGAUAGCAAUAAUUUUAAUAUCUCAUUAUUAAGAUAAAAUACAUCAUUCAUAAAACAAAAAGUAUUAGAUUCAUUUGAUGUUCAAAAUGUCACAGCAGAUAAUUUGAAUAUUCUACCAAACAAUCAUUAAUAAUUAUUUGAUGAUCUCUUCAUAUUAGGAUUAGGAUCACAAUAACCAUAUUCUAAUGAACCAUCAGUAAUUUAUUCAUACAAUUAAACUAGUACUUAUAUUAUAAUAAUCAAAAUUAGAAAAUCAAUAAGAUAUAUUGUCAAUUUCCAAAUUCAUAUUCCCAGAUGGAUGUAAACCUAAAAUUAUUCCUUUAUCAUUUAGUCUGGAAGAUAUCAAUUUAAUGAUUAAUUAAAAUUAUUCAAUUGAUUCUCCUAAUUGCUUUCUAAUCAUUACCAAAUAAACUGAGUAACAAUAACUAAAAUAUCAUAUCUGUUAUCGCUAUACAGAUUUUACAAUUUUAAACCCAUAACAAGUUAAAUUUAGCAAAAGAGCAAUAUGUUUUUCUACGAAUAAAUAUUUAAUAGACUUUUAUUAACAAAUUAUUAUUGUUAUUUUAUCAUAGUUAAAAUGCAUGAGAACUAGUUUGUAUUCAAGAACAAAUAAUAUUUCCUUAGCAGAUACAAAUUUCUUUGAUAAGAAUAUUUCUUAAAUAAGUUUUAGAAUAUUAUCAUAAAUAACUUAGAAAUAUCCUCCUAAUUUUAUUAAUCUUAAUAAUUAAUAAAUAAAAAUAAAUGAAAAUGAUAAUAUUUAAUGGGUAUAAAUAUUUGAAAUAUUAGGGAAUUCCCCAAUUAUUUAAAAAAUUUAAUUCUUAAAGUUUAAUCAAAAUUUUUGUUAGUUGUUUAAUAGAGAAAUCUAUUGUUUUUGUAAGCAAAUCACCAUAAUUAUCAACUGCAGCUUGUUUGUUAUGCUAAAAAUAUUUACUAAAACCAUUUACAUGGAUUCAUCCAAUAAUUAGUAAUUUACCUUUAGAAAAUAUUGUAUAUUUAGGAAGUCCUGUACCCAUAAUUACAGGUUUGGAAUGUGUAAAUUUUAUUUUAAUACUUAGAAUUUUUCUACUCUUUAGAGUCAAGGAGUUAUAAAUAGAUUUUCUAAUGCUAUUUUCAUAAAUUUGGAUAAUAAGCAAUACGUAGAAUUUGGAAACAUCGAUGCAAUUCCAAUAAUAUCAGCAGAAUUAAUGACAUUUUUAAUAGGAAGAUUAGAUUCUUACUUUUAAAAAGUAUAAUAAAAUCAUAACAAUUACAUUGAAUGUCUAUAAAUUUUUAAUUAGUUAUUUCAUACAAGAGUAAUUAGAAAUGUGCCAAUUGAACCGAUUAAAUAGAAUAUAAAUUAAAAGUCAAAAAAAACUUGUAAAUUAAUGCUAGAUUAUGAAAAAAUAGCCUAAAAAACAUUAUAAAAUAUGGGAACUACUAAUUAAGAUAAGGUUAUUUGGAAAUAGUUUUUUCAAACAUAAAUUUUUAUUUAAUUUAUUGAUUAAUAUUAUAAUUGA